GGGGCCAAGCAAAAGGUAAUUUUGAACACUAGUCAUGGAAGAUUUGAUGUUCGUCUGCAGCAACUUCCUCGACCCAUAAGUCCUGCAACCUCCUGUUCUUUUGUGCCUGUAAAGGCUCCCGGGUUCCUUCUCUAUCCAGAAUUGUUUUGUGGUGGUUGGCCAUGGGGAGCACCCUGGGCUGCCAUCGCUCUAUCCCCAGAGACCCAUCAGACCUGUCACAUAGCCGCAAGUUCAGCGCUGCCUGCAACUUCAGCAACAUCCUGGUGAAUCAGGAGCGACUAAAUAUCAACACUGCCACUGAGGAGGAACUGAUGACCCUGCCUGGGGUGACACGUGCAGUGGCCCGAAGCAUCGUGGAGUACCGAGAAUAUAUCGGCGGCUUCAAGAAGGUGGAAGAUCUAGCACUUGUCAGUGGUGUAGGGGCCACUAAACUAGAACAGGUCAAGUUUGAGAUCUGUGUGAGCAGCAAGGGUAACUCAGCACAGCACUCUCCCAGUUCCCUGAGGCGGGAUCUGCUGGCUGAGCAGCAGCCCCAUCACCUGGCCACCACUGUGCCCCUCACUCCACGAGUCAAUAUCAACACAGCCACCCUUGCUCAGCUCAUGAGUGUCCGGGGCCUCAGUGAGAAGAUGGCCGUCAGCAUCGUGGACUACCGCCGCGAACAUGGCCCUUUCCGAAGUGUUGAGGACUUGGUGAGGAUGGAUGGAAUCAAUGCAGCCUUCCUGGACAGAAUACGACACCAGGUGUUCGCAGAGAGGUCCAGGCCCCCAUCUACCCACACCAAUGGGGGUCUUACCUUCACUGCCAAGCCUCAUCCCAGUCCCACGUCUCUGAGCCUGCAGAGUGAGGACUUGGACCUGCCACCAGGGGGGCCCACGCAGAUUAUCUCUAUGAGGCCCUCGGUGGAGGCCUUUGGAGGUAUGAGGGAUGGGCGACCUGUGUUUAGGUUGGCCACGUGGAACUUACAGGGCUGCUCUGUGGAGAAGGCCAAUAACCCAGGGGUCCGAGAGGUGGUGUGCAUGACGCUUCUGGAAAACAGCAUCAAACUUCUAGCUGUGCAAGAACUGCUUGACAAAGAAGCCCUGGAAAAGGGCCCCUGCUACUCUGGAUUCCUGUGGGACACAGCAGCCAAUGUGGAGCUGAGAGACAUCCCCGGGCAGGAGAGCUCACCCAGCAACGGUCAUGCGAAGACUGUGGGUCCCAGCCCGUUCCUCGCCAGGUUCAAGGUGGGAAGUAAUGACUUGACCCUGGUUAACCUCCAGCUGACAGCCCUGGCCCUCCCAGGAGUUGAGAAUUCCAGCAAGAAUCACAGCGAUGGCCACCGAUUAUUGAAUUUUGCACUAACCCUCCAGGAAACCCUGAAAGGAGAAAAAGAUGUUGUUAUUUUAGGGGAUUUUGGCCAAGGGCCAGAUAGCAGUGACUAUGAUAUCCUAAGGAGAGAAAAAUUUCACCACCUGAUCCCGGCUCAUACCUUCACCAACAUCAGCACCAGGAAUCCUCAAGGCUCCAAAUCCGUGGACAACAUCUGGAUCAGCAAAAGCUUAAAGAAAGUGUUCACGGGUCACUGGGCUGUUGUGAGAGAAGGCCUCACAAACCCUUGGAUUCCAGAUAACUGGUCCUGGGGUGGAGUCGCUUCCGAACAUUGCCCUGUGCUUGCUGAAUUGUACAUGGAAAAGGACUGGAGCAAGAAGGAAGUCCCCAGGAAUGGCAAUGGAGUCACCUUAGAGCCAAGCGAAGCCAACGUCAAACAUGAGCGGUGAUGACAUCACUCUUUCUGGCCUCUGACUCAGGAGAGCAUAGGAAGGAGCUGGCACUACAGGGUGGGAAGAUCCAGGGCCUGUGAAGCAUCAUUCUGAGGACCUACGUCUUGGUCCCUGCACCACUGUCUACUUUGUGAACACUUGAGAACCUCUCCUGAGGGGAGCCCGUCAGGCGCUGGCUCUGUUGGGCAUCACGGCGAAGCUGGCUGGGACUGCAAUGUCUUGACGCUGUGUGGCUGAGUUCAGGCUUGGGGCGGGGGCUAUACUGCUGGCCGAGUUGUUUAGCAGCAUGAGAACAGUGACAGAGCAGUGAAGUGGAGAUGGGAAAGAGGACUCAGGCUGGCGAUCCACGCCACGGCUCUCAUUUCUGCCUCACCACGAUGUCAUGUUCUGCCGACAAACUUCAGGAAGCUUUUAACUGUGAUGAAUGCACUUCUCAAAGAUUUUUAGUUUUGUUUUGAAAAAGGAAAAGAAUAAUAAACAGAUUAAUCUGCCUGGCUUCA